AUGACUAUGAAGAUGCUGGCUUCUAAUGGAGUCAAGGUGGUGCUCACGGCUAGAGAUUCCAGUGCAGGAAUCCAAGCCCUUCGCAAAUUGAAAGAUUCUGGUCUCUUUAACACCCUCGUAACUUUUCACCAACUUGACAUGACUAACUCCGCAAAUAUUGCGACUCUUUUUGACUUUGUUCAAAUCCAUUUUGGCUGGUUGGAUAUUUUGGCGACGGUGCUCAUGGUGAAGAUGGUGGCUUUGGUUCCAAAGUUCAAUGAUCCAGUUCUAUCGGCACAAUCCUUCGAUGAGAGGACCAGAUCCAGUCCAGAAAUAGAGAUGGUGCUUCCCACCAUCACGAAAUCCGGCGAUUGCUCCGAAGUCCUCCUGGGCAUGCUCUCGCAAACCCACCUGCAUGCAUGUCGAGAACCUACCUACUGCAUGCAUGCAUGA